UUUGUCUAUGGUAAUUUUAAGCUUGGGUUUGUGGCGGCCGGUUGUGUGAAGAUUAAAAAUAAGUUUGCAAACAUUGUUUUUGCCUACAAAUUGUGCAAUUCAUCGUAUAACAUUGCGACACACUACGUCGGUGAAAUACCUGAACAAGCAAGAUAAAUGCCAGCCAGCAGUUUCGUCGAUUUGUACUACAUGCACGACGCUAGAAAUAAUUUUGAUGCCAUGAGGCCUGCCCCGGUUUGUCUUGAUGCCAAUCAAGCAGUGGGUCAAUGUCAACCGAUACAUAUAUCCACAAACUGCUACUACGGAUACCACGAGCCAAAAACGUCGGGAUUCGUGCAGGUGGAUAACGAUUGCGAAAUGAUGGAAGCGGCCCCGGUGCAGGCGUCGGCCGCCGCCGCGCCGCCCGCCAACACCGCCCGGAAACGCAGCGCUCCUGACGAUGAAUGCCCUCAAACAAAGCGACUCCGCGAAGAGGGUAUGGUGCCACCAACUACUAGCAACAACCUGUGUUUACUCCGCCCGACCCACAACAACCCCGACAUCUCUCGCUGUCUCAUGGUCCAUAUGAUCUAGGCCGACCCACCCGCCAAACAAUGUUCUAAUUCAGGAAUCUCCGUUUUAUCUGCAGAAGUACAAAGAGAAAGAGAACCAGAGUCUAAAGAAAACAUGAGGUUAGAAGAGACUCCAGAAGAUUUGAUGGAAUCCUUGUUGUGGAACACUCACGGCGGAAGCAUGUUUCAUUUAGUACAAUGUUUGUGAUGGUGUUAGAUAUAAGUGACUCGGUGUUCGUCUACUGCAGUGUUGGGACAGUUAACUUAAUAUUAAUGUUAAAAUUUUACUAUAAGGUUAAGGACCAUUUUCUUAAUAGUUGUGCUAACAGUAUUUCAUAAUAAAAUUUAACAUAGGA